AUGAAGAUCCGACAGCUCACAACGUGCCACACCUGCAGGGCACGCAAACUCGCCUGCGACGGCAAGAAGCCCGCGUGUACGCAAUGCGAGGUCCGCAAACGAGACUGCGCUGGUUAUCAGCAUGAUCUCAUCUUCCGACCGCCCCUAGUCGGCGGGCCCCCUGGACGUACCAGCACCGUCACCAAGGCCAGGUCCAAUCCCAGCAAGAAGACACCAUCCCCUCCGAAAGUAGCAGCAGCACAAAUUGCUCGCUCGCGGGAGCCUGUUUCCCACCACCUAGCUGCGCCAGGGCCGAUAUCGAGAUCGCUGAGCUGGCCGUUUCUGGACAUCAUCUCGCUCGUCGUGCAGAACUUUAGCCCCGACAGCGCCCCGGCAUGCAAAGGGCUGAUCUCGGCCGAGACCAUCUGCGGCGCCUGGGUCCAGGUCAUGCCCGAUCUUGCGCGCUGUCCGGCUGCCGAGACGUAUCUGCUCCCCGCCAUCAAGGCACUCGGCGUCUCCAUCGCGUCUCGCGGUGCCGCUGGGAGGGCGCCCGUUGGCCAGGCACUGGAGGCCCAGAGCGAGGCUGUGUGUGCUCUCAACCGUGGACUCGGCCAGAUGCGCGCAGACGAGUUCGACGUGAUCUUGGCAUCCGUCAUGUGUCUUCUCAUCUCCGAGAUGACCGCGGCGCUCCAGUUCAGACAGUACUUUGUCAUCGCGGAGGAACCCUGGAUCACCGUUCCGUUCACGGUCACCGGACCCACCCACAUUCAGAUGAUCAUGAACAGCGCAUUUGGCCUUCCCUGCCUGUUGCGCCAGGUCGAUGAGCUCACUCCCCAGGCAGCGCGCCAAGACGCAUCAGCGGUCACCCGCAUGCUCGAGCAGCUAUCAGAGCACAUUGGCCGCCUAGCCUCGCUCGAAGAAAAGGCUAGAAAGGACGAGGAUGUCUCGGAGUGGCUCCGGAUCACCAGCACACUGGACGUGUCCACGCCAUUCGCAUUCCCCAGCCUCACCGUCGCCAAUCUCUUCGUCCUCAUCUGGACGUUUCGUCUCCUUGCCCUGCAAGGCUUACGGCAUCUUCUCGCCAAGGUGCCCUUGCUCCUGAGCAGUUUCGUGCUGCACAAAGCCCUUGCCGAGAGCAAUGGCGGCGAAACGGACCGGCUUGCCACGUGGAUCCUGAGGAGCAUAGAGUAUAUUGUCUCUGAGCGCUUCCGACUCUUUGGCGCGGCGUCUGCUGCCAUGCCCUUGCAGGCGGUCACCUCGUACUUCGCAGAGGGCGUGGGGCACGACGAGGAGCUGGGUUUCUGGUAUGCGCGCGUGAGAGACUUCAUCUGUGCACAAGGAUUUGAUGGCCUCAAGGUCAUUGUUCGGCAUGACAAAUGA